AUGGACUCCAAGCAUGUCACCAAAUUCGACUUUUCCAUCAUUUGCCCCGAAGACCUCAUCGAUUUUACUCCACUACACUGGUACCAAACCCUUCUUGACGACCCAACAUUCACCCCAAUCGGCAACCGAUCUCGCAGCGAGAACAACCCGGAAACUGAUCGUCGCACUUUCUUCUCCCAAACCCAAUGGACCGAUGCUACGAUCCGAGCAUCCCAAUGCUUCUACAGGGGCUUCAUACCUCCAGACAGGUGGAGCGAAGACCCUCGGCCUGUCGAAGCGCAGAAAGGCCCCGGGGAGUGCCGAAUGCUCUUUUCGCUCGGCGAAGGCGUAAGCGGCGGGCUUAAGUAUGUGAAAGAACUGCUCAGGCCACGAUUGACUACCUCAAUAUCGAUGCGCCGAUUAAAUGUUAUCUUGCAGAGAUUUUGCACACGGAGGUCUCAUGGCUACGUUGCUAGAUGA